UUGCCUGGCUCUGUAGCUGCUAAUUAUCAUCUUCUUGCUUGUUGUUGCCGCCAGUGUUGCACCUUGAAUCAAGAUCCAUCCAUGGAGCCAAUGCAAGGAAGAGUGCAGAUGUGGAUGCUCCUAUGGCUCGCCUUCUGCUUGCUCGAGCAUUCGCAUUCGCUGGUGUUCCCGUUCCCCAUCCCGUUCUUUGCCCCUUCCUACACCAACCAGCAAGACGUUGAUGCUGUGAACGAGCUGUACGCAUCACUGGGCUCGCCGGACCUCCGUGGCUGGGCUGCUUCGGGAGGAGACCCUUGCGAGGAGGCGUGGCAAGGGGUGCAGUGCCUCGGCCCCAACAUAACUGAAAUAGUACUCAAAGGCGUGCGUCUAGAAGGGAAGCUGAGCGAGGCACUCGGAAAGCUCACUGCUAUUACAAGAUUGUUUGUGAAUUUACAUCAUAUUUCAGUUCUACUUUCUGUCCACUACCACUUCAGUUUAUUUAUUGACAUUGUUUUUGGAUUAUGUUCAUGCAGGGACCUGUCAUCAAACAACCUCGGCGGUGAGCUGCCGCAGUCAAUGGCAACGCUCAAAUCCCUUUCGGCACUGCAUGUGCAGAACAACAGGCUAACCGGGACACUCGAUGUGCUGCGUGAUCUUCCCCUGAAAGACCUGAAUGUGGAGAACAAUCAGUUCGCAGGAUCAAUCCCAGAGAAGAUGCUCAACAUCCCAAAAUUUCUAAGAAACGGCAACCAUUUCACCAUUCCGAUCCCUGGUUCCUCUCCGACUCCGGCAACGUCGUCUCCUUCUCCAGCUGCAGAUCCUCACAUUACUGUAAUUCCCGCAGUUACUCUACAGGGCACUACACACGGUGGUGGUCUCCGGAGGCACGCCAACAAGGUGUCUCCGGCAAAGGCUGCCGGAUUCAGCAUUCUUGCUGCCAGUUUAUUAACCAUUGCCGUCGUUGUGACCAUGUUCGUAACCUCGAGACGGCGGCAGGAGAUGUCCACUCGGGAAGGGCACCUGAGGGCAAUUGUGAGGAGCGUGGCAAUCUGGACAAGGAAGCCUCCUAAGCUAGGUGCACCUGCCUACCCUGACAAACAACACAGUACAGUUGCUGCAAAUGACAUUGUGGGGAACACUCCGGGAGAUUGCACAAAGGUGGCGGGUUUAUCGGCACAUACACCUCUCAAGAACUACAACAUGUCAAGUAUUGUUUCAGAUAAGAAUGUUCAGUGGGGCUCAGAAGAAAGCAAACCCUCGAGGGUCUCCUUCAAUUUCUUCACUGUUGCAUCUCUGCAACAGUGCACCAACAACUUCAGCGAUGAGAACUUUCUGCGAGAAACUCGGUUUGGCAAAAUCUAUCUAGCAGAGCGCCCAGAAUGCAAGUUUGUGGUGCUGAAGCUUUGCCACACGGCUACGAAAAUGGCUACUGACGAGUUUCUGGAGAAUGUUCGGACCAUCGCCGACCUUCGACACCCCAACAUAGAAGAGCUUGUGGGUUGCUGCGUGGAGCACGGACAGAGGCUGCUCGUGUACAAACAUUUCAGCGAACACACAUUGGACGACAUGAUCCAUCGCGGCAGCAGCGACGCUGCCGAUCCCGGCAACAAGUUCCUGUGGGAAGCUCGGAUCGCCGUGGCCCUCGAGGCCGCCAAGGCUCUCGAGUACCUCCAUGACGGGGGCGACGGCCGGGAGGGACAUGUCGCCGUUGUCCACGGGCAUUUCAGGCCGGAGCAUGUCCUUGUCGAUGGCGAGGCGCGGGUGCGCGUGUCCGGGUGCGGCCUCGCCCCGUUCGCGCCACCUUCAGUAUCAGGAGCUACUACGGACUGGCACGACGACGCACUGAGCUACCUCGGCCCGCCGGAAGAAGCCACAACGACGGAGGCGGCCACAGGCCGCGACGUGUACUGCUUCGGUGUGGUGAUGCUGCAGCUCCUGACGGGGCGCAGGCCCUACGACAAUGCGCGGCCGCGAGGGGAGAGGCUGCUGGUGCCGUGGGCUGGCGCGCGGCUGCACGACCUCAGCGCUCUGCGCCGGAUGGCCGACCCGCGCCUCCGGGGCACGCCGGUGCCGGUCAGGUCCCUGUCACGGUUCGCGGACAUCAUCAGCAGAUGCGUGCAGGUAACUGAAGCUCGAUCGUCUCUGGUUUCUCGUUUGCUUGGGCUGCUGCGUUGUCGUAAUGGAGUUUGCCUAUGUGCAGCGGGAGCCCGAGUUCCGGCCGGCGAUGGCGGAGCUGGUGCAGGACCUGAUGGGCGCCACGGAAGAGGCGCGCAUGGCGGAUGACUGCGGAGAGCUGUCGCCGGUGCCGGCAGAGUACGAACUUGUGUGAACUGCUCGCUCUGAUUGACAUAGAACACUGCCAAACAUGUCCUCACCAUCAGCAUAGAUUUACUGUGCUGCAUUGCCUUUGAUCUCAGGCUGGAAGCAUUGUUUCAAGCAAAUUAUUUUUCCAGCAAAGGGGAAUUCUUGGGUUUGAUUUGGUUGGGGUGUGCCAGGUCUAGGCUGUAGUGCAACGCCCGGACGACACUUGAAGGCCCUAAUAACAAGUGGACCCUUCCCCUUAAAAAUAAAUUUAAUACCAUUGUGGGCACUUGGCCCACAUAUCAAAUAUUAAACUGAUAAGAACAGAUGCUAUA